AUGUCCUUGCGUGCGCUCCUGUUGGCAUCCGCAGCUUCGGCUGUGGCCCUGCCAGCCUUUUCUGCUGGCCAACAAGCCCAAAUCCCACUACAGCCACUGGAUCAUUCGCAGGGCUACCAGUUCGACCCAUUGCUGCAUCUUCCCGGCAUCUCGCCAUAUUUUGAUGCUGUGGGCUUUGGUCUCGAGCACAAGGCUCCGGAAGGUUGCAAUGUCAGCGCCGCCUCGUAUUUGGUGAGACAUGGAGCGAUAUACGCCAACGAUAAGGAGUACGAGGAGUACAUCAAGCCGUUCUUAUGGAAGCUUGAGAAGCAUCGCGAUGGCUGGUCCGGUCCCCUCUCGUUCAUGUCGAAAUGGCAGUCGCCUAUCGAAGAAGACAAACUGGAGGAAUUGACCCCUUCGGGUGCAGUCGAUGCGGCCAAGGUCGGCAAACACCUGCUCGAAAGAUACGAGGAUCUGGUACCCAACACCAAGCGCAUCCUCGCUGACAAGAAGUCUCGAACAUACGAUACUGCUAAGAACCUUAUCAAGGCCUGGGCGCACAACGACACCAUUGAUAUUGUUCGAGUCACGAAGAACAAGGAUGGGGCAAUGGAGUCACUGAUCCCACACAAAUCCUGCGAUGCGUUCUCGAAAGAGCCUGGCGCCGAGGAACAGGAGACAUUCAUCAACAUUUACGGCCCAAGCGUUGCGACCCGACUUGCUCCAUACGUACCGUUCAAGUUGACGCCGAAGGAUGUCGUUGGCCUCCAGCAACUCUGCGGCUACGAAAGUGCUAUCAAUGGAAAGCGUUCCGACAUCUGUGGUGUCUUCACUGACGCCGAAUGGAUGGCAUACGAGUAUGCCUGGGACCUGAAGUAUGCAUACAUGGUCGGACCAAUGAAUCCUCUUUCUCCCUACCUUGGAUUUCCUUGGUUGCAUGCGCAAUCCAAGAUCUUCCAGUCGAUUGAUGAGCGCGGCACGCCUGGUGAGGGUUGGCCGGACGAGCAGCGAUUCUUCCUCUCGUUCACACAUCGCGAGGUCCCUCCUUUCGUCGCGACGGCGCUGGGGUUGUUCAACUCUUCGUCCAAGGCCGUGGAACAAUUCCCUGCGGAUCACAUCAAUUGGACACGAGCGUGGCGAAUGGCCGACUUGAUUCCUUUCCUCGGCCACGUAGGCAUGGAGAAGAUGACCUGCGAGCGCGGUGCUGUCUCCGGCGAAGGACCCGGCGAGUUCAUCCGCUUCAUCGCAAACACGGCACCACGACCGAUUCCUGACUGUCAGAGUGGACCCGGCGCGAGUUGUCCGCUCGCUGACUUUGAGGAUCUCAUCGGGAAGGGAGCGGAGAGGCAUAAAGAUUUCCACAAGGUGUGCGAUAAGAAGGAUAAGAAGAAGGGCAAGCACGAGUAG